AUGGCCUCCUCGACGCCGCCCCUUCUCCUCACAAAACGCCUAACGGCCUUCCUCUCCGCCAACACAUCCCCCUCCCUCCCCAGCCUGCUCAUCACCUCACCGACAGGCAAGCUCCUCGCCCACGCGUCACCCCACCCCGUCUCCGUCCUGCGCACGCACGCUACCGUCGCGGCGUCGCUACUUUCGAUCCACGCGUCAAAUCUCUCGCUAGAGGAGAGCUCUGAAGAGGAGGACGAGGAGGAUGCAGAGGAAGUGUCGGCCAAGGAGAUCACCAAGCCGCAGACCGUCACUGUACAGACCGACACGGGCGUCGUGUUGAUACGGAGGCUCAACUGUGGGCUGCUGUUCGUCUGCAUCGGGAUACCAACCGAGUCGUCGUCCUCGUCAGCCGAGGAUGCGACCGUGCAAGCCCAACUCGACCCCGGCGAGGCAUCGACUUCUCUGACAGUCCCACCACCGACCGUCUCGACGAGCCCCAGCGAUGCGGGGAGUCACCUGAGCAGCGCCGUCGGUGCGAGUGCCUCUGUUGCCGAUGCCAUUAUAAGGAGACACGCGAUCGAGUUGGCAAAGUGGCUGGAUGACAAAUUGGGCACGUUGACAGUACCGGAUGAGGGCGUUGGCGGCGAAUAG